AUGAUAUUGAAAUUAGGCUUUGAUAUUAGUAAAAAACUUUUAGAUGCACUACAAAAUAUUGAUAAUUUGAGAGAAUUUGAAAAUCUUUUAACUUUUUCUCAACAAAAUAAUAUUAAAAUAUCUGAUAUCUAUGUUAAGAAUAAAACAAUUUCAAUAUUAAAAAGAUCGUUAGAAAUAAAAUUCUUGGGAAAUCAAAUAGAAAACGUCGAUAGACUUAAAUUAGGUAUUCAUCUAGAUAAAUUAUUAGAUCAAAGCUGGACAUUUGAACAAUUAGAUCAUUUAUUUAAGAUAUUCAAAGAAUCGGAUAAUCAAAAUAAAGUUCGAUAUUUUAUAUCCGUUCUCGAAAUUUUAUCAAAUUGUAAAAUUCAUCCAAAGGAUCAAGAAAAAAUAAAAUUAUCUCUAAAGAAACCAGUCGAAAAUUGGCCAAGAGAAAUCAAUAAAGUUGCUGUAGAAGCUAUUUUUACUGAAAAAAGUCAAGUAAAAACUUUAACUGAUUUAGUCAUAGAAUUAAAAAAAUUAAAUUCUAAUAAUCAAAACCUGAAACAUUUAACUGAAGAAAUAUUAUUAGAAUGGAUAGAAAAAGUUAAAAAUCCAAUAUCGAAUUCUUUAUUUUGUUUAAUUGCUUUAAAUUCGAAUGAUACUCAAGGAAGAUUAUUACAAGUUGCAACUGGUGAAGGUAAAUCGACAAUUAUAAGUAUAUUAGCUGUGUUUUAUGCUUUACAAGGUAAAACUGUUGAUAUCAUAACUAGUUCACCAGUACUUGCAGAAAGAGAUGCUAAAGAAAAAGCAAAAUUCUAUAACAUGUUUGAUCUUAGUUGUAGCCAUAAUAAUGAUAGAGCAGUUUAUUUAUCAGGUCCAAAAGCUUGUUAUAAAAAGGAAAUAGUUUAUGGUGAAGUAGCACAGUUUCAAUAUGAUACUUUAAGAACAGAAUAUGCUGAACUUAAUACGUUAGGAGGUAGAAAAUGUGAAUUUGCUAUUGUAGAUGAAGUAGAUAGUAUGCUUAUUGAUGAUAGUUCAAAGAUCGCUAGACUCGCAACAACUAUGUCUGGUAUGGAUCAGUUACAAAUAAUAUAUCAUGCAUUAUGGAAUCAAUUUUGUUCUUUACAAAAGAAAAUUAUUGAGAUUGAUAAUAAAUUAUAUUUAUUUUAUGGAAAGAUUACAUUAGAACAAAAGAGAAUUAUUCUAGAUUAUCCAAACGAACGGGGAGAUAUUGUUACUAUUUCAGAUUUGAAAACUUAUAUAGAAUCUACACUGGAUAUAAGUAACAUAGGAUUUUGUAUACCGGAAAAUGAUGAUGGUGAAGAAAUUAUUAAAAAAUCUUUGGAAAAAGAUAUUCGAUUAUUCAUUAAGAAGAAUCUUAAAAUUCCAAAAAAUUUUGAAGAAUUUCUAAAUACACAAAUACCUAAAUGGAUUGAAAAUGCUAUCAUUGCUUUUAAUUAUCAGAAAAAUGUACAUUACGUUGUACAUGAAGAGUUGAUUAAACCAGUUGAUUAUUAUAGUACAGGAAUUGUACAAAGUUCUUCAAAUUGGAGUGACGGAUUACAUCAAUUUUUACAAAUAAAACAUAAUCUUAAAAUGACUUCUGAAACUUUUACUACUAAUUUUCUAUCGAAUAUAGGAUAUUUUAAAAAAUACGGUUCAAAUUUAUUUGGUCUUACAGAAACAUUAGGUUCAGAAAAGGCUAAGGAUGUACUUUCAUAUGUUUAUAAUGUUGAUUCAGUUAUUAUUCCUAGUCAAAGUCAAAAACAACAUCUCUCUUUCUCUGAUAUUGUAGUAGAUAAUGAAACAGAAUGGCUAAAAGAAAUUUGUUACUCAGCAAUAAAUGAAUCGACGGGACGAGGUACACAUAUUAAAACAGAUGAAAUCGAAGAAUACGGUGGUCUUCAUGUUAUUUUAACAUUUUUGCCAUCGAAUCAGCGUGUUGAAGAACAAGCAUUAGGUAGAACUUUCAGACAAGGUAAAAGAGGUACAAGUCAAAAAAUAUUAAAUGCUAUUAAUUUUAUUCAUUAUAAAGAUUUUGAUAUAAAGAAAGAAAGAGACAAUAUUGAAGAGAAUAUGUUAGACGACUUUAAAAAACAUGAAUUAAAAAUAAUUAAUUUAAAAGAUGAUCUUUUUGCCAAAUUUUGUAAAUUUUUGGGAGAGAUACGUCAAAAAAUAAGACAAAAUACUAAUCUCUUUAAAAAUAUAAAGAAUACUGUUAAAGACUUAAUUGUAAAUGUUAAACCUUCUGUUUUUGAAAUCAAUGUACUUCUUAGCAUUGAAGAACAAUGGGCUAUGUUUUUACGUAAAAUUGAUAAUGAAAAAUCUGUUAUUGAUCCUAAAAAAUUUUGUAAUGAGUAUGAAGAUUUUAAAAAGAGAAUAAUCGAUAAUUUUAAAAACAAUUGUAUUAUUAAAAAUCCGUAUUAUCAUAUUAUUAUUGGUAAUGAUUUAAUUAUCAAUGAUUCUUCAUUAAAUAGUAAAUAUGAUGAAGCAAUGAAACAUUUCGAUCAAGCCAUAAAACUUGAUCCAAAUCAUUGUGCAGCUGCUUUUGUUGGAAGAGGGUGGCUUUUAUUAAAAGGUAAAGAAAGAAUUAUAUUCUCGAAUAAACAAGACUUAGGUUAUAAAGAUGAAGCUGUUAUAGAAUUUCGAAGAGCACUUGAAAUUUUUAGUGAAGAUAUGUGUUUGCUAACAUCUAUGCAAACACUAUUACAGCAAAGAUGUUCAGAUGUUAAUACUUCUUUAUAUAAACAGUUGCUUCAGAAAGUUAACAUUUUAGGUGCUUAUUGUAAUCAUAUAGAAAAUCUUAUAAAUAUUAUAAGAAAAUCUCAAAGAUUAAUUCAUAUAAAGGGAAUCAUCAGUCAUUCGAAUAAAAAAGUAAAAAUAAUUUCAAAUAAUACUCUAGAAAAGUAUAGUAGAAAGUUUUGUGAUAUACGUUUAAUAUUUUCAAAUUGUAUAAAUCUCUAUGAAACUGUUAUUCAAGAGUGUAAAGAAAUUAUCAUUAUGAAAGAUGAAGAAAAAUUUACAGUAAUUUAUAAACAAGAAAAAGAAAACACAUUCGGCAAAUGGGAAGUUAAUGAUCACGAAUUAUCUGAAAGACUCUUGUCUUUACCGAAAGAUGAAAAAAUUCUAGAUAGAAAAAACUAUUCUGAAAUCUACAAACAAAUUUAUGAGAAAAUUACAGCCAAAAAAGGUUUUAUCCGAACAGAUUUGUUAACACCUCUUCCAACUCUAUCGAAUGAUGGAGAAUAUGAAGUUACAUUUAAUGACUUAACCUGCAGAAAAGAUAUGAUUACUAUAGAUCAAGCUAUAAUGACUAUCGAUGCGGCAAUACCUGAAACAAACGAAAUGAUUCUUUCAAUUUUUUCUAAAACAAAACAUCCUUCAAGGAAUGUAUAUAAACAAAUUAGAGUUAAUCUAUUAAAGAUUAAUCCUGAAACAUUAGAUCAGCUUAUUAAUCCUAAUAUUGAAACUAAAAAUGUUACAAAAGAAAUAGCUUUACAACAAUUGAAUGGUAAAAGUUCAUUUUUCCAUCGUUAUGCAUUGCACGAAGACUUUCGUCUUGAUUCAUAUGAAGUUAAUUUAGAUAUUAUUCUUGACGAUAAGAUAAUUCGAGAAGAAAAAUGUUUACAAGUGCGAAAUGCAAUAGAUAUCAUUAAUAAAUAUACAGAAAAUAAUACAUGUUUUAAUUUGACUUUUCUCUCCGCUAAUGAGAUAUCCAAAGUUAUUUUAAACAAAGUAAUAAAUCAUUCAAAAUUAAUUAUUGAAUUUCUUAAUUUAACUGGACAAAAUGUUUCUAUAAAACCAGAUUUAGAACUUUCAGAAUUUUUCGGCCGAGGUAUCCAAUAUUUGCUUGAAAUUAAUGAAAAGAAUUUCAUCCCAUGGCUUAGCAUUGCCACUAUAGCUGCCAUAGCUGCUGUUCAAAUGGCAGUAGGUGGAGUUCUUAUUGGAACUGGAUUCGGACUCACUUUAGGUAUGGGUCUGAUUACUGAAGGAGUAGUAGAUUUGUUCACUGCAUAUGGAGCCUAUAGAAAAAGACAAUUUUCUUGGUUAGAUUAUGCAAUGCACAAAGCAGUAGGUCUAGUUAUCACGGCUGCUUCAUUGGGAAUUUCAGCAAUUAAGAAUAUGGGCGAAGGAGCUAAGACAGUUGUGACAGCCAUAGGGGAAGAAGCAAUUGAACAAAUUACUACACAAACAAUAUCAAAUGAAAGAUUGACAACUCAUAUAGUACUCCACAUUGGAAAAAGUUUGAAACGCCAAGCUAUAGGACAAAUGAUGUUUUGGGCCAGUGGAAGGUUAUUAGGAGAAUCUUUGAUGGUAUUAAACAGAUCAUCGGAUAUAGGUUUUUCUUUUGUACCCGAUCAAUUGAAAUCACAAAUUUCGGAGUCCAUUCAGCAUAAGGUCAACAAUGUACUCCGUAAUCGAGACUUAGAUAUACUAUUGGAAAAAAUGUAUGGAAUCGACAAAAUAAAUAAAAAUCAACAACUAAAGGAAGAAAUCAAAAAAAUAACAUUUGAAGUGAUUAAUUCUCAGCGUAGUUUUUGGCGCAAACAGUGGGAUUCUAUUGGUGGUCCACUAUGUAAAGGUAUUUUAUCAAAUGCAGAAAAAAUACGAAAUGCAGCAAAUAUGGGCCUUAUAAUAGCUGGUAUUCUAAAUACAACACAUGAAAUUACUUUUAUUCUUGAAACAACUCGUGAACAAUUAUUAAAGAAACUUUCGGGAUUCGAUCAGGAAAAUUUAUCAGUGCAGCAGAUUCUCUAUCGUUAUUGUAGAUUCAGUAAAGAUGACGCCAAGAAAAUUGCAAAUCUUCUUGAAAGACAAGCAUAUAGUCAAUGUGAAAAUAAGUCGAAUCAAUGA